CGCUCAAUGAUUAGAGCUCUGUUUCCCACCCCCCUCCUCCUCCUCUCUACCACUCUCUCUCUCUCUCUCUAACACUCUCACACCCAAUACACUUCCAUCCAUAGCUGCAAACGCUUAUAUCCAAAUAAUAUCAGUUUGAUCUCUUUGCUUAUCUCUGUUUACGACCCUUUCUCUCCAAUAAAAUUGGUUGAAGAAGACCCAUGUCAACUUCAGACGGAGCAGCCAACGGCGUAAUUAACGGCGCAAUUAUUGAGCAGCAACGCCUCCAGCCGCCUGGAAACGGCGCUCUAUCUGUCAAGAAGCCGCCGGCGAAAGACCGACACAGCAAAGUCGACGGCCGAGGGCGCCGCAUCCGCAUGCCGAUCAUCUGCGCCGCCAGGGUCUUCCAGCUCACUCGCGAGCUGGGCCACAAGUCCGACGGCCAGACCAUCGAGUGGCUCCUCCGCCAAGCCGAGCCAUCUAUCAUCGCCGCCACCGGCACCGGCACAACUCCGGCAAGCUUCUCCACCGUCUCAGUCUCCGUCAGAAACUCCUCCAAUUCCUCAAUCUCCGCCGCGCUUGAUCAGAAGCCAUCUCAGCCGUUGAUCACUCCGACGCCGUUUAUCCUCGGGAAGCGACUCCGCUCCGACGACGAUUCUGUCGACGGCGGCGGCAAAGACGACGUUGCCGCGGCCGCUGCAGUAGUGGGCCCAGCCGGUGGCUUCUGGGCUCUACCGGCUCGGCCGGACUUCGGCCAGGUAUGGAGUUUCGCGGCGGCGCCACCGGAGAUGGUGGUUCCUUCACCGGCCAUGGCGUCGCAGGCUUCGUUUUCUGGAAGGUUCCUUCAGCAACAACCUAUGGGGGAAGCUUCGGCUGCCAGGGUUGGGAAUUAUCUCCCGAUAGCUCAGGGGCAUCUCAAUUUGCUCGCUUCGUUGUCUGGUGCACCAUCGGGGUCUUCGGGAAGGAGAGAAGAUGAUCAGCGCUAAGCUUGAAAUGAAUUGAAAUUUGGGUGAUUGUUGUUGAUAUAUGUGUAUGUCGUUUUAAUUUGUAUGUGUGAAGAUAUGAGAAAUUUGUUAGUAAUCUAGGGUUAGGGUUUUAGGUUUUCAGUGAGUGUUUUUGGGGGGAGGGGGAAUAAUUAGGGUUUGUGCAACUUGACCUAUUAGAUUUUAGGGUUUUACCGCUUCGUUUCAAUGCAUUCUAUCACUAGGGUUUUUAGAGUCCAUUUGUUUAAGUCUUGGGUCUUUUUGGAGGAGAGGGGGAGAGAACGAUGAAUUCAUGACUGAAUUUGGGAGGAAUUUCCAGAAAUUUGGCUCAAAUUGAUGUUGGAUUUUGGGAAUUGGUACAAUCCAUGAAGGUGGGUUAUUUUGAGAAACUAGGGCUUUUGUUUCAAAUGGACAUUUUGCUCUCUGUUUCUGGCGAAACCACGGUUGGUUUCCUCUGAAUUGAGUUUGUGGCAUGUUGAAAAAUGAUGAUUGUGAAUUGGGUUUGAAGAAUUGUUCAAAGUAGCCAACUUGAUUGCUGUAGAGACAUCCAAUUUCUCUGUAAUUUGGUCUUUAAGCUUGGUAAUUGCAUUAUAAUUAAGAUGCUGAAUGAUGGGUUCUUGGAAGUGAUAAUGCUAGCUUUGUUGGGAUGAGCUUAUUUGCAAAGAUGAUUAGAUAUUGUGCUUUAUAUACUGCAAGUUUUGGGUAAUUGGCAGAGAGGUUUAUGGAUGCUUUUAGUUUCUGCGCUCGCUUUGGUACUGUGGCAAAUUGUUUGUUGCUCUCUCUUCCGCUUUUGCUGUCUAAGUAUGUAGAAUGCUCUCAAAGAGGCUGCUGUGUGAUGAAUGGAAAGGGCUUCGGUUCUUCUCCGUAAGAUCUAUGUCUUGAAUUUUUAUGGGUAUUUAUCAUAGACAUUUCUUAUAUUUGUCUGCGUGAAAAUAAUUUGUAUGUAAGUGGAUUGUUUUUGGGUGACUAUGGUGUGAAUAAAAAGCCCACCUGUUUUCUCAUUCACUGCUCAAAUCUUUCAUUUGUGUGCCAUUUCCUUCUGCUUAUUGUACAUUUAAACCUAUUUAGUGACACAUUAUUAUGUUUGUUUGAGUUGACUGGUA